AUGGCUUCGGAUCUGCGCACGGCUCUGACGAACAUCCUGCUGGAUCCGAGCAACCAGCCGAUCCUUUCUAUCAUCAAGGGCGCUCGUAAUGGUCUAGUGUAUGGUGCCAAGAUACGCUUUCCACAUGCACUUGUCAUGGUGUCACUGUUCGGAGCAGGGACGACGCGCCAGAGAUGGAAGAAAAUCGUCACAGCCACGCGACAGCACGCCACGAGAUUGGCUCUCUAUGUAACGAUAUACAAAAGUGUGCUUCUCGUCUUGCGGGAUCUGUUCCGCAACGGGAAGCAAGCAUCCAUUGAUCCAUUUGUGGCGGGCAUGCUCAGUGGCUGGUAUAUGUUUGGUGAACGCACGCCAGUCAACGAGCAGAUUGUUCUCUAUUGCGUGUCACGAUGCCUCGCCGCACUUUUACCACGUGAGCGUGUGCCCAAAAACUAUCCGCCGAACAAGGUUCUGCCUAUUGAUAAUACCGCACACCAGAUUUUCGCUGCAGUGACGUGGGGUUCGGUCAUGUGGCUGUUUGUGAACGAGCGGCGCCGCCUGAACGGUGGAUUGGUGAAUAGCAUGGACUACCUGUAUGUUUUGUCCGACAAGUGGGACAGCUUCCGAAACUUUUUAUGGCACAAUGUAUAA